UACUGUGUGGAAUGAGGAGGGAGAAUCCGGACUUCCCAUACAGCAACUCCCACAAGAGACUGUCACUUCAGCCAGCGCAUGUUGCACUACUAACAGAAGAACUACGCCAAUUUAGCUGUGAAUCUCUUCAGUUCUGAGGGAAAGUCCUCUUGUUCAUUCAGGACUGGUGUGAACCCAGCCAACGCACAACGUUGUCUCUACGUUGACUCUCAUAAAUGGAGUCUCACAGAAACGGAGCGAGUGGCUCGUCUCCAGACUUCAGUAGAAUACAACAGGGCUACAACAUGCAGCAGCCUGGACCUGGUCCCAGAGGCGGUCCUCGUCCUCUGUCCUCAGACAGCAGCAGCACGUUCGGGGUGAGGAUACAAGUCCAGGGGAUUGAGGGUCAUCCUUACGUUGUGUUGAACAACGGGGAUAGCAGAGCAGCUCUGCCGUCUGGUGGCCUGGAGAGCUACAGUAGAAACUGGGACCACCAGGAAGAGUCUGUCAACGCCCACAGCCAGUCUGAUUACACCUCCAUGGUGAAUGAUAGGCAAUCUCCACUAGGAAGUCCUUAUAUGGAGCGAUCUCCGUUAGGAAGUCCUUAUAUGGAGCGAUCUCCGUUAGGAAGUCCUUAUAUGGAGCGAUCUCCGUUAGGAAGUCCCUAUAUGGAGCGAUCUCCGUUAGGAAGUCCUUAUAUGGAGCGAUCUCCGUUAGGAAGUCCCUAUAUGGAGCGAUCUCCGUUAGGAAGUCCCUAUAUGGAGCGAUCUCUGUUAGGAAGUCCGAAUAUGGAGCGAUCUCUGUUAGGAAGUCCGAAUAUGGAGCGCAGUAUUCCCAACCAUGCUUGUGGAGGUUCUCUGACUGAGGUUAGGGAGGGUAGUCAAUCACAGAGGAUGCUGGCGUCCACCGUGUCCAUGUUCGACUUCCAGGAUUCACACUUACAGCAGUUACAGAGGACCAUGCCGACAUCUAAUAUCGGGUUGAACUUCCAGAGACACCCAGAGCUGCUGAAACCCUACAACCCAGACCGGAACAGCCUCAGCCCCCGCCUCUCCUCCAGCCGAAGACUCUCUGUUCCCCCCACUCAGACAACCUCUGUACCUAGGCCGGGACAUCUCACCAGAGGUCUCCAGAGUGGAGCAGGAGCCGCCCUGACCCAGGGAGCAGGGUCUAGACCCGGACCAGCCAGGAUCCCUCUGCCUGCUGAGGGUAUAGAGAGAGCUCCCACACAGACCCAAGGCCCGGGCACUGCCCCUGUCCCAGCUCCCACCCAGACCCAAGGACUGGGCCCUGUCCCAGCUCCCGCCCAGACCCAAGGCCCGGGCCCUGCCCCUGUCCCAGCUCCCACCCAGACCCAAGGACUGGGCCCUGUCCCAGCUGCCGCCCAGACCCAUGGCCCUGUCCCAGCUCCCGCCCAGACCCAAGGCCUGGGCCCUGUCCCAGCUGCCGCCCAGACCCAUGGCCCUGUCACAGCUCCCACCCAGACCCAAGGCCCGGGCCCUGUCGCAGCCCCAGGUCCCCACCACCAUUCUUUUACCACCUUACUAAGUCCCCCAAGCGAGGUUACCAACGUCCCCAGGAGGUCCCCAAACGCAGUGGACACAGAACCCAUCUCCUCCAUAGGUAGCCUUAUCAACCAGUUCGACAGCCCCCAGCAGAUGGGCCGAGCUGGGCCUAGGAGAGGGAGGAUAGCCCCAGAGGACCGGAGGAGGUCACGCAGCGUGGACAGCAGGCGACAAUGUCACUCAUACCCAUUGGACCCCUCCAGCCCUGCCUCGGCCGUCAGAGGGACCAGGGGAGAGACUCCAGGGGGAGUCACCAGCGCUCCCGGGUCACCUAAGGGGAGAGGGGCCAACGGACCCUCCACUCUGAUGUUUAAUAAGCUCCAGUGGGAGAAAGAGGGGCCUAGCGUUGUGUCACCUAAAGCGGUGAAGGUACGGUACAGAGUGGAGAAGACCUCCCUGAGCAGAUCCAGAUCUCUCAACCACACAGAGGAGGAGUCAAAGAGAGAAACUCAGGUCAUCACUCCAGAUCUUUUGAAAGGUCAGAGGGGUCUGCAGCAGCUCUCCACUGAACCACAACGACCAAAUGAAGACGCCACUAAACAGAUACUGUUCACUUACCUCAAUGAUGGGACCACUGAUUUAUCCUCCACCACUCAGAAGAAGGUGAACCUGGUGUUUGACAGAAUCAACCAACUGAAGUGGAAGACUGCAGAGAACGUGGAGGAGGAGAUCAGGGAUUGUGCUGCUGAGACCAAGGCACUACAGCAGGAAGGAGCAGAACUGGAGAGAGAGGUGUCAAAGCUGAAGACACAGUUGGAGCACAAGACCAAGAAUGGUAGAGCCCUAGCGGAGGCAUGUGAGAGGGCUCAGACGGACGUGAAGACUGUUCAGGAGGAACUGGACAGGAGACGGGAGGAACUCUCCACGCUACGGGAUAGGCUGGCUGGGAUGGAGGCGGAGCUUGAAGUUGUCAUAGACGAGCUAGUCAAGGUGAAGGCAGAGAGAGAACGUGGCCGUACAGAGAGGAAGGUCCUCCAGCAGCAGCUGUCUGAUAUGCAUGAUGAACUGGACCAGACCAAGAACACAACACAGGCAGAAAGCACAGAGAAACAGCUCCUUCUGAAGGAUCUGGCCCAGCUGCGGUUGGACUUCCAGGAGCUCAUUCAGGUGCAGGAGGAGCAGGAGGAGGUGCUACACUGGAGGGAGAGGGAGCUGACCGCCCUGAAGGGAGCGCUGAAGGAGGAAGUGGAGAGUCAUGACAAGGAGCUGGGCAUUAUGAAGGAGAUGUACGACAAGGAGGUGCAGAAGCUCCAGGAGGAGGUGGAGGAGGUGAAAGAGAGUAACACAGUGCUGGGCCAGGAGAAGAAGGAGGUGGAGGAGGAGAGAGGGGAGGCCCGGGGCCAGGUGAAGGAGCGGAUCCAGGAGAGAGAGGAGCUUAAGGGACAGGUAGAGGAGCUGGAGAGCAAGGUGGACCAGCUCAACCUGGUCAUCAAGGAGUCCAAAACUCUACAGAGACAGCUGGUGAAAUGCGUAGAGCAACUCAAGGUGAGGUGGAGGUGGAGGUGGAGAGCACCUGGUACGCUAGCGGAGGUGAAGGAGAAGGAAGAGGAGAUCAGCCAGGCAAACAAAGACCAACUAAUAAAAAUGGAGAAUGUACAGAGCGAGUUGACCCAGCUGAACCACCACCACAGGGAGGCGAAGGAGAGGCUGACGGAGGAGAGGAGGAGAACAGAGGAGCUGAGGAGGAUGAAGAGUGAUCUGGAGGAGGAGAGGAGACUGCAGAACAGCACUGUGGAGAAACUGCAGAGGGAGAUGAGUGUUAAGGUGGAGGAGUGUCAGGCGUCCACUGAGCAGCUCCAGCUGCAGGUUGAUGAAGUCAGAAAGAAGAGCCACACAGAGCUGACUGAGCUCCAACAACAGCUGCAGGAAAAGGGACUGGACCUGGAGAAAUCACAACAGAAUACCAGAAAACUGCAGGAAGAGCUACUUACCCUGGAGCAGGGUCUGGAGCGGAGUCGUAGGGAGUGGGAGGAGGUCCAGCAGAGAGGCAGACAACUGGAGAGGAAGGUGGAGGAGCUGGAGGAGAGGAACGCUCAUGCCCAGGAGGACCACGCCCGACAGGUCAAACUCAUUGAGGGUCAGAUGAGCCAACUGGAGCAGGAUCUGCAGGAUGAGAGGAGCAGUACAGAUCUCCUGAUGAACAGAGUGGAUCAAGGAAAACAACAGAUGGAGCUGAUAAGAGGUGAGCUGCUGCAGGAGAGAGCAGUCAAACAGGACCUGGAGUGUGACAAGAUCACUCUGGAGAGACAGAAUAAGGACCUGAAGAGUAGGGUGUCUCAUCUAGAGGGCUCUCAGAGGUCCAAUCAGGAUGUUGUGGUUUCCAGACUGGAGGGAAGGAUCCAGGAGCUGGAGGGGAGGCUGGAGGGAGAGGAGAGAGACAACAUCAACCUGCAACAAGCCAACAGGAAACUAGAGAGAAAAGUGAAGGAGAUGAUGAUUCAAGUGGACGAUGAGCACAUAUCUAUGCAGAACCAGAAUGACCAGCUGAACCAGAGGCUGAAGACCGCGAAGAGACAGAUGGAUGGGGCCGAGGAGGAGAUAGAACGUCUGGAAAACUCUAAGAGGAAGUUACAAAGAGAUCUGGACGAACAGAUAGAGACCAACGAUCAGAUCCUCAGCCAGCUCAACGCCCUGCGUUCAGAGAUGAGGCGUAAGCAACAGAAAUCAGCCCCGCUCCUGAUGAUCGAGAAGGCUGAUGAUACUGUCUGUGAGGAUGACAUCAACUCUGACUGAAAGAUGCACUAACUUACUUACUUAUAGUACUCCGGCGUAUUCCCACGAGGGACACGAGGUCUCAACGAGCUCUUCAUUCCCACGAGGGACACGAGGUCUCAACGAGCUCUUCAUUCCCAUGAGGGACACGAGGUCUCAACGAGCUCUUCAUUCCCACUGGGACACGAGGUCUCAGCGAGCUCUUCAUUCCCACGAGGGACACGUGGUCUCAACGAGCUCUUCAUUCCCACGAGGGACACGAGGUCUCAACGAGCUCUUCAUUCCCACGAGGGACACGAGGUCUCAACGAGCUCUUCAUUCCCACGAGGGACACGAGGUCUCAACGAGCUCUUCAUUCCCACGAGGGACACGAGGUCUCAACGAGCUCUUCAUUCCCACGAGGGACACGAGGUCACAAAGAGCUCCUUCUACUUUUUCUUAUCCUUGGUGACAUGUUGUGAUGCUCUGACAGCCUGGUGAAAAGAAUACAACCAGUCAAGUCAAAAACAGAUUUCCUGAUUCUCACAAAGGGCUGGUAAAAUCACAGUGAGGAAUGAAAAGCGUUACAGAAGUUUCUCAUUAAAACAAUAUUUCCAUGUACAACUCAAGUGUGGGUUUGGGCCUAUCUGUGGAUUUCAUAACCCUUUGCAUUACACUGCCCUCCAGUGGCCAUUGUAGAACUGCAGUUACAGGAGAAAAUGUUUUCACUUUUCACCAUCAUAAAACAGUCCAUAACUAUAUUGUGCUGCAUCACUUUUACUUUCAUAAUGUAAUUAACCUAUGAAUGAAUAAAGGUUUAUUCAUAACU